UGGUGACGUAUUAUAUAUGUAUGUGACGUAUAUGUAUGGAUACGUAUGAGUCUAUCCUGCGCUUCGCGACUGUCGCGUUCGCCAUGGCUUGCCGUAUUAUGUGAAUGUAGCUGUCAACGCUGUCAUAGUGUCAUAAUGGUCAUAUAGCGUUUCCAGUGGAAACUAUCGUCGCCCUUGAUAUCAUCCUCUCCCUCUGGCCACUCUUUCACCUUGACUUCGAGAAUAUAAGACGAGACCGUGAAAAAAAAAUGUGAAACUUUUGAUCUUUCGAGGCGGACACAUUUCUUUCUGAGAAAGGAAGGUGCACGGGCGAACAAUCGAGGGAUCGCCUCGCGAUAAGCCACGGUUAUGUGUUUCGAUGGAGAGCUGUUUAACGACAAUGGCAGCAACGUCCCCGUCGAAGCGAAGACUUCAGAAGGAAUUGAUGUCUUUAAUACGCGAGCCACCACCAGGUGUACAUGUAGAUGGAGAAUCUGCUGGACAAAAUUUGACACAGUGGAUUGUUCAUAUGGAAGGUGCUAAAGGCACGCUAUAUGAAGGAGAACAAUUUCAGCUUCAAUUUAAAUUCAGUUCUAAAUAUCCAUUUGAUUCACCGGAAGUGACUUUCAUUGGUGGCAAUAUCCCUAUACACCCACAUGUUUAUAGCAAUGGUCAUAUUUGUUUGUCCAUAUUAACAGAAGAUUGGUCUCCUGCCCUUAGCGUGCAAAGCAUUUGCUUGAGUAUUGUUUCCAUGUUAAGCAGUUGUAAAGAAAAGAAGAGGCCACCUGACAAUACAUUUUAUGUUAAAACUUGCAACAAGAAUCCAAAAAAAACAAAAUGGUGGUAUCAUGAUGACAGUGUCUAACAUUAAAGAUCAUCAAAAACCUGACCAACUUGUCAACCUGGAAAAAUUGUUGGACCAAGUGGAAUAACAUUUAAAUGGAACCUGAUGCAUUAAAUUAAUAGAAUUUUGCAUACUAUAUUAUUAUAUAGUGAUUUCACAAUGUAAUAGGAAAUUAGAUGCAUAAUUUUAAGAAAAAACAAGGCUACAACCUACUUACUACAGUUAUAGAAUUAAUGUGAACUAUGUGAGUUGUUUAACUAUAAAUUAUUGCAAUGUUGCUGAUAGUAAAAAAAAGAUGCGUAUUAUAUUAUAGUUAUAUAGAACUAUAUUAUUGCAGGGGUCAGUUUUAAUGCUAGAAAGAGAGACACAGACAGGAUGUAUUAAUUAUUUAUUAUUAAGAUAUUAAUAUAUAAAAUUUUCCUCUCGUUAUGGCAAAGAUUUAAAUAUUGAAAAAAAAAUCAUUUAAUACAUUUAGAAGACAAAACAAAUAUUGUUAUUGCUGCAUAUAUAUACAUUAUCGAUAUUACACUUGGUAUGCAUUUUAAAAAUCACUUUGACUGUGUUAUCUUCAAUAAAACUUGAUAAUUAUUUAAUUUAA